UAGGUUAGCAGUGGGGUCCUUUUAGCUGCUACCGUUAGCUCUGCAGCAGCUAAGCAGCCAUUGGCCGGUGUGAGUCGGAGCAUCCUUCUAGAAAAACACAGCUUGAAGUGAAAGAUACCGAACCGCAGUUAACGCCACACAGCUAAAGUAAAACGAGACCAACGAGAUCUCUUUGAAGACAAAGAGUCUUAAAGAUGCCUUCAGCAACAGCUGGCAACAGUGCUGUCCAGUCUGCCAUUCCAGACCUGGGAAAUGGAAGUCAUUCUGAGGCCAUGAAGCAGAUUAUUGGUGUGAUUGACAAGAAGGUCCGCAAUAUGGAAAAGAAAAAGUCCAAACUGGAUGACUAUCAGGCAAGGAAGAAUAAGGGCGAGAGACUAAAUCAGGAUCAGCUGGAGGCCUUGGCGAAGUAUCAAGAGAUCAACAACAACUUAGAGUUUGCUCGAGAAUUGCAAAAGAGCUUUCUCGCAUUGGGUCAGGAGAUUCAAAAGGCAGUCAAGAAGUCUGCAAGACGGGAACAGCUGCAGCGAGAAGAGACUGAACAAAGACGCUUGAAGAGUGUUUUGGAGCUUCAGUAUUUACUCGAUCAGCUGGGAGAAGACAGUGUCAGGCAGGACCUUAAACACCCCAAUGCCUCUGGUGCGCCUUUGCUCACUGAUGCUGAACUCUCGUCCCUUGAUGAGUUUUACAAAUUGGUAGGACCUGAGAGGAACUACGAUAUAAGGUUGACUGACCAAUAUGAAGAAGCCUCACUACACCUGUGGGAACUGCUUGAGGGUCGAGACAAGGCUGUAGCAGGGACCACGUACAAGUCACUGAGGGAAACCCUGGACAAAGUGCUGCAGAGUGGUUACUUUGACAGAGCGCAAACUCAUCAAAAUGGGACAUGCGAGGAGGAAGAAGAGCAAGAGGAACACACCGUGGUGGCUGAAUCUAAAGCUGUGGAGCAGCCAUCGGAACCUGGAUUCGCUAGUGAAAAAAAUACAGAGCCCGUUAAAGUGGAAACUAUAGAGUUUGUAAACAGACAGUUCAUUCCAGAACCUACGUACAGCAAUACAGACAAAGACCAAGUCGAGGAGUGGAGUGUGGAGGCCCAGAUGGUGAAUUCACUCCAGCAUCAGCCCCCUGCUCAGCUGGCUCCAGAACAAACCAUUACUGUGAACCAAGUCACUCCCGCUCCUGCUACUGAUCCCGUGGUUAGAAAGCAGGCAGUGCAAGACCUCAUGGCCCAGAUGCAAGGGACAUACAACUUCAUGCAGGACUCCAUGUUGGAGUUUGAUGGCCAGGCGCUGGAUCCAGCCAUUGUGUCUGCGCAGCCAAUGAAGCCUGUGCAAGCUGUUGACCUGCAGCAGAUGGGCGGUCCUCUACUCCACUCAGAGUCCAGACUUCCUCAGACAGCUGCAGUGUCUGGACCACAGGAAUCCUCACAAGCCUCAAUGUCUCUGUCAUCUGAACCGUCUCCUGCCCCAUGUUCUCUGUCCUCUGCCUUCCCUCCUGUCUCCAAACCCACCCUCACUGGAGGCAUCAAUGUCAACGCAGCACCUUUCCAGUCAGUGCAAGCGGUAUUUAACAUGAAUGCACCUGUACCUCCAACUACCGAUGGCCAAGCAGACCCCUUGAAGCAGCCUAGCCAGUUCCCUGGUGGCUAUGGACAGGGCUUUAGCAGCCAGCCAGAAAAUACUGUCGACCAGCCUGACAUCCCACAAGAAAGAUUACAGACAGUUGUUAAUGCAUUCCAGCCCCAGGACCAGAUUAUGUCCUCAACGCCAGGACAUGAAGAUCCCUCUGUAGGUGCAGGGUUUGGGCAGUCUGGUCAGUCCUUCUACAGCAGCAGAGCUGUACCAAGAGGUGGACCCAGGAACGCUCGUGGCGUUAUGAAUGGAUAUCGGGGCUCCUCGAAUGGAUUUAGAGGUGGAUAUGAAGGCUACCGUCCACCAUUCUCAAACGCUCCCAGCAGUGGAUACGGUCAAACUCAGUUCAACACAUCUCGGGACUAUUCCAGCAGUACCUAUCAGCGGGAGGGAUAUCAGCAAGGCUACAAACGUGGAGCAGCCCAAGGACCUCGUGGUUUGUCCCGAGGUAAUGCGCAGGCAAUGCGAUCCUAAAGGAUCCCGAGGACCGUCGAAUUACGCCACGUUGAACAUUCAGGAUUUUUUGAAUGUGUUUGCCCCAGCUCACUUUUAUAACAAUGUUUUGUUUCUCAUCGGUAAUCUUAUUUUUUUAACUCCUGGCCUACUUAUCAGUCAGCCUGCUUCGGUCUGUCUAGAUCUUUUUGAUGUUUUAUCACAAAAAUGCUGACUUUAACUACAUGUAGGAUUAUCAGCAAGUACGUGUGAUGAAAAACAACAAAUAGAUAUUCCUGUAAACUUGAAAGAUUUCAUUAAUUUAUUUUUUGUACAAAAUAAAUGCAAAAAAUACCCCGUCACUGUCAAUUUGAUUCCACGAGUGCUGUAAGCCACUUGUUACUCCCUUUAUAAUUUUCAUCAAAACGUUUAAUUUUCUUUUGUUUGUUUGGUUUUUUUUUAACUCCCGUGUCCCCGCCUGCAUCGUCACCUCUUUGUACACUGUUAUUGAUUGAGACUGUUUCAAUAAAGUUGUGCCCUAUUA